AUGAAACAAGCUACAUUUUCAUCACCAGACGAUGCUUCACAAUACUUGGCUGACUACAUCAUACACAGAAUCAAGAGCUUUAAACCAACGGCAUCGACACCAUUUGUUCUUGGUUUACCUACCGGGUCAUCGCCGGAAGGGGUAUAUGCUAGAUUAAUUGCUGCUUGUAAACAAGGAAGAAUUAGUUUCAAGAAUGUUGUCACUUUCAACAUGGAUGAGUAUUUAGGAUUGACUCCAGAAAACCCACAAUCAUAUCACUAUUUCAUGUUUGAUAAGUUUUUCAACCACAUUGACAUACCUAGAGAAAAUAUCAACAUAUUGAAUGGAUUAGCUAAAGAUGUCCAUAAAGAAUGUGCUAAUUAUGAAGCCGAAAUUAAAAAGUACGGUAGAAUUAAUUUGUUCCUUGGAGGAUUAGGACCAGAAGGUCACUUAGCUUUUAAUGAAGCUGGUUCAACUAGAGAUUCCAAAACUAGAAAAGUCAACUUAGUCGAGUCAACAAUUAAAGCCAAUUGCAGAUUCUUCGAUAAUGAUGAAUCAAAGGUUCCAAAACACGCACUCAGUGUUGGUAUUUCUACAAUUUUGGAUAAUUCUGAUGAAGUUGCAUUGAUUGUGUUGGGUGACAGUAAAAAAUUUGCAUUGGAUAAGACAAUUAAUGGUAAGAAAAAUGACCCAAAGUAUCCAUCUAGUUAUUUACAAGAUCAUGAUAAUGUAUUGAUUGUUUGUGAUAAUGCUGCAGCAGGAUUAAAGUCAAAAUUGUAA